UAAACAAAUCAUGUAGUAGAAUUAGUUGUUUUUAUCAUAUAGUAUAACAGUAUCUUUGAUCGUGACUGGCUUUAAGCAAAAACUUUUUAUUUUAAUUAUUACAUACUUAUAUCUAAAAAAAUGUCAUGCAUUAAAAUUAUUUUAAACUGUGUAUUCAAAUAAUUACAUUAUGUUUGAAUUAAUGCAAAUAUUUUUUUAAUAUUAUGAGUUACUUAGUUGUAUGUAAUUUAUAUACAAACGAUUGAACCGUGUAUCAAACGAAUCUGAAUAAAUAGUUCAUAAUUUUCACAUAUUUGUCACAUAUGAUUAAAAAUGGAGGCUGCGGGCAAAAAAGAAAAACAACUGCCAAAUCCACGGGCCAGAGCAAAUAUCUUCGAAAUCUUUACAUUUAGCUGGAUUGUAAACCUCUUUAAAACCGGACAAAAGAGAGAUUUGGAGACCAAUGAUUUGUACGCUCCACUUGAUGAUGACAAGUCCUCAUUAUUAGGAUUACAAUUUGAAAAGAAAUGGAAAAUCGAGAUCUCUAAUGCAAAAAGUAAAAAUCGGGAACCUAGUUUAUCAAGAGUUAUGAUUCAAAUUUUUGGAGGAAAGAUCUUGUUUUAUGGAAUGGUACAAAUGUUCACUGAAUCGGUAUUAAGAAUGACUCAACCUAUGCUCAUUAGAGGACUGUUGGCAUAUUUCAACCACGAUGAAUCAAACACCGUUAACUUAAAACAGGCAUAUAUGUAUGCAUCUGGACUGUUGUUAAGCAUGUUAGGUAACAUAGUGUUAUAUCAUUUUUCACAAAUGGAAAUGGUGCACCUCGGAAUGAAGAUCCGAGUUGCUUAUUGUUCAAUGGUAUAUAGAAAGGCAUUGACAUUAAGUAGAGUUUCUCUAUGUGAAACUACAGUCGGUCAAGUAGUAAAUUUGAUAUCAAAUGACGUAAAUCGGAUCGAUUUAGCGUUUAGAUUUAUACAAUUUUUAUGGAUUGGACCCCUGCAAACUACUUUGGUGACCUAUUUUUUAUGGCAAGAAAUAGGUGUAUCGUCAAUAAUUGGAGUAAUUGUAUUUCUUGCGUUUAUUCCAUUACAAGGAUGGUUGGGAAAGAAGACAUCUGACUAUCGAACAAAAAUAGCUCCUAGGACUGAUGAAAGAGUAAGAUUGAUGAACGAAAUAAUAUCAGGCAUACAAGUGAUUAAGAUGUAUACAUGGGAAAAACCCUUUGCAAUGCUAGUAGAAUAUGCAAGAAAAAUGGAAAUUAAACAGAUUAAAGGAGCAUCUUGGAUUAGAGUAUUUUUGCAAUCAUUCAGAAUAUUUCAUUUUAGAUUUGCGUUGUUCACAAGCAUUUUAUCAUAUGUAUUGUUAGGAAAUAACAUCAAUACACAAAAAGUUUUUGUUAUAAUAUCAUACUACGGCAUAUUACUGACAACAAUGACGGUAUUUUUCCCUCUAGGUAUUAUAACACUAGCUGAGAUGCUGGCAUCCACUAAACGCAUUCAGUCUUUUUUACUACAAGAUGAAAAAGAAGAACAUAAUAAACCAUUGUCUAUAAAAUCAGAAACAAUAACCAAAAAUGACAUAGAAAUGACAAAUGGUAAUAGCAAGAAUUAUACAGAAAACAGCACUGUUAAUGAGAAAGAUACGAACCAAUCGGAUAAUUUAGGGAUAGACGUUUUAAACGCAUCGGCUAAAUGGAUACUCGAUCAACCCGAUAAUUGUUUAAAUAACAUUAAUUUAUCCGUUAGACCAGGGCGGUUGGUUGCAGUGAUUGGGCCCGUUGGAGCCGGAAAAAGUUCACUGAUUCAAGCGAUUUUACGAGAAUUACCACUUUGCGAAGGAAGUAUUUCCGUAAGCGGCACAAUAUCAUACGCGUCUCAAGAGCCAUGGUUGUUUAACGGUUCAAUUCAACAGAACAUACUUUUUGGCUCGCCAAUGGAUCCAAAUCGUUACAAAGAAGUUGUAAAAGUAUGCGCGUUGAAAACCGAUUUUAAACAACUUCCUUAUGGUGACAGAUCUUUAGUUGGAGAAAGAGGAGUUUCACUUAGUGGUGGUCAAAGAGCGAGAGUAAAUCUAGCGAGAGCUAUAUAUAAAGAAGCCGAUAUUUACUUAUUGGACGACCCUCUAUCUGCUGUUGACACACACGUUGGAAAACAUUUAUUUGAGAAAUGCAUCAAGGAUUACCUCAAAAAAAAAACCUGUAUUCUAAUUACUCAUCAAAUACAAUACUUGUCGAAUGUUGACCAAAUCGUUUUAAUGGAAAAUGCAAAUAUAUUAGCCGAAGGUUCAUAUCAGGAACUUCAAUCUUCUGGCUUAGACUUUACAAAAUUGCUUAAAUCAUCGGAAGGAACCACCGAUGGUGAAAUUGAUACUACUAAUGUAAUUAAUAACAGUCUGGAGCAGUUAUCAAAUUUAUCUCGUCAAGGUUCUAUUAAAAGUAUUGCGUCGUCUACUGAUGAAAAUAAAUUAAACGGAACUCAGGCAGAACCCGUUGAAGUGGCUGAAACUCGGUCUUCUGGAAAAGUUUCAAAUAGUGUUUAUUUGUCUUAUAUUUCUGCCGGAGGAAAUGCUUUUAAAAUAUUAUUUUUAUUGUUCAUAUGUAUCUUCACUCAAGUCCUCGGUACUGGUGGAGAUUAUUGGAUAGGUUAUUGGGUUAAUCUAGAAGAUAACGUUUUUCGUAAUACGGAGAGUAAAUCUAUGAAUAUUAGUAAUUAUUUUACUUAUACAUUAUUCGAUACACCUUUGAUAAUAUCUCGCCAGUUUUGUGUUCUAAUGUACUCUGGUAUAAAUAUAGCUAUGCUAAUAGUUAUUUUCAUAAGAUGUGUUAUGUUUGUAUCAGUUUUAAUUGGUGCUUCUAUGAAUUUACAUAAUAAUAUGUUUAACGCUAUUACCAGAGCAACAAUGUAUUUCUUCAAUACAAAUCCAUCAGGUCGAAUUCUUAACCGCUUUACUAAAGAUAUUGGCACUAUUGAUGAAAUAUUACCAACACCUAUAUUGGAUUUUGUCCAUAUAGCAUUGCAACUUAUAGGUACCCUUGUCGUGGUUGGUAUAAUUAAUUUUUAUCUUCUUAUACCGACCUUCGUCAUAGGACUGAUGUGUUAUUAUAUUGUUAAUUUUUAUUUAUCAACAUCGCGGAGUAUCAAACGUUUGGAAGGUGUUACUCGAAGUCCUGUGUAUGGGUAUUUUAAUGCGUCACUCCAAGGAAUAUCUACUAUAAGAGCGUUUGAAGCCGAGGAUAUUUUAAGCAAAGAAUUUGAUGAACAUCAAGAUUUACAUUCUUCGACUUGGUAUUUAUUUAUAGCAACAAGUGAAGCAUUUGGAUUUUCGUUGGACAUGAUAUGCUUUAUUUAUAUAUGCAUUUUAACUUUUAGUUUCUUAAUUGUUAACAACGAUAAUCUUGGGGGAGAUGUUGGAUUGGUCUUAACUCAAGCAAUGAGUUUGACGGGUGCUCUUCAGUGGGGAAUAAGACAAUUAGCAGAAUUAGAUAACCAAAUGACAUCUGUCGAAAGAGUAGUUGAGUAUACAAACGUCCCGCAAGAAGCUGCUCUUGAAUCUUCCCUAGAUAAAAAACCACCAAAAGAAUGGCCAGAUAAAGGUCAAAUUGUGUUUGAAAAUUUUUAUCUACGUUAUAGUUUAGAUACGGCGCAUGUUUUAAAAAAUCUUAAUAUUCAAAUUCAGGCAAUGGAAAAAAUAGGAAUUGUUGGUCGAACUGGAGCAGGAAAAUCGUCUUUAAUAGGAGCUUUAUUUAGACUAGCUCUAAAUGAGGGCAAUAUCACUAUCGAUGGUAUAGAGAUACAUGAACUAGGGUUACACGAUUUACGUUCCAAAAUUUCAAUUAUUCCUCAAGAACCAGUUUUGUUUUCGGCGUCAAUGCGAAAAAACAUAGAUCCUUUGGAUGAAUACCCAGACCAUGCCCUUUGGAAUGCUUUAGAAGAAGUUGAACUUAAAACCAUUGUAGAGGAUUUGCCCGACGGUUUGAACUCAAAAAUGUCUGAGGGUGGAUCUAAUUUCAGCGUGGGUCAAAGGCAAUUAGUGUGUUUAGCCAGAGCUAUAGUGCGUAGUAAUAAACUACUCGUGCUGGACGAAGCUACUGCCAAUGUCGAUUCACAGACCGAUGCUUUGAUUCAAAAUACGAUUAGAAAUAAAUUCCGGUCAUGUACAGUGUUAACUAUCGCUCACCGUUUGAACACAGUCAUGGAUUCUGAUAGGGUGCUUGUUAUGGAUUCUGGAACAGUAGUCGAAUUCGACCACCCUUAUAACUUGUUGAAAAAUAAAGAUGGAUUUUUUUACAAAAUGGUUGAACAAACGGGAACUGAAACGUCCGAAUUAUUACAUAACAUAGCAGCUGAGAGCUAUACGAGCACGCAGAAUUAACAGCAAAACAUAUUUUCUAAAAUACACAGUCAUGAUUAUUUUUGUUUUUAAUUUAUUUUUAUUUAUUUAUUAAUACAAAAGGAAUUCAUGAUGACUUUAAAUAUUAUACUAUUUACACUAAUAAAUUUACCACAACCCUAAAUCCGCACACUUCUAUUUAUUAACAUCCCGCGUAUUAUUUUAUAAUUAAAAAAAUCAUUGAUGUGAAUAAAAUAGUAUAUUUAAGUGUACUGAAUAAAUAAGUAACCGAACCUAA